GCGUCGCGUUCUCUCUGACGUAAAAACGGGGCGACUAUUUACUAGUGGAGACGCCGUCCAGUUAUGGCGCUCUUUCCAGCUUUUGCCGAUGUGUCAAAUAGAAAUCCCAGUAAUGAAAAUUCUUCCAAAGACCUGGACUGGCUCAGCAACCAGAGCUUCCGGCCCCAUGACGCCCUGGUUCUUCACCAACGAGCUCUGGAGCAGACGACAUCCGAGGGACAGGAGGUCUCGCAAGAUGGGUCUUUGGGUCCUGAAUGGAAGGAUGAUGUCAGAUCUAAGAGAAAGAAAAAGAAAGAGAAGAAGAAGAAAAGGAAGAAGAGGAAGGGGAGCAGCGGAGAGGACUCGGGGGGCAGCGGCUAUGAGUCGGACACAGUCUAUCCCAGCGACCUUUUAAAACAGGCUAAAGAUGCCGAGAGGCAGGAGGACCAGGCCAUGUCUCAGGGAUCUUUUAUGUGGCAGGACGACCUCCCAGCCCCCUCAGACCGCCCCUUCUGCAUUGACAAGAAGGCUAAUGCCGGCAACUGGCAGUAUAAGUCCCUAUACCGUGGAGACAUUGCCAGGUACAGGCGCAAAGGUAGCUCCUGCCUGGGCCUGGACCCCAAGACUCAGGCAGUGAGCUGGGCUGAGACCAAGACGUCCAACGCGAAGCGGGUGGCGCGAACCGUGGAGCGCUACUUCUCCAGGGUCAGCCGUCAGCAGCUGGGUGCGGCUGGCCGGCCAGAGCUGCCCGGCUCACGUGGAUCAGGCCCAAGUCUGGAAGCAGUCCGCUUCAUUCCCGUACCUCCUGUUCUCGAGGAGGAAGGGAGCAUGGGAACCAGCAUGGCCCCUACUUGGGUUAAUCCCUUAGGGGUGUACGACUCGUCCACCUCCUUGUGGCUGCAGGGUAAAGGCCAGCCAGAGUCAGACGGCCAGAAGGAAGAGUCCUCCUCGGUCACCGUGGGGACGGGUGGAGGUAUUGGCUCCUCGCUGGCUGCUAAGGUGGAAGACUUCAACCGGAGGCUGCGUGAGAAUCCCGCGGACACGCCCACUUGGCUGGAGUUUGUCCACUUCCAGGAUGAGCUGACGGCUGCCUUAGGGUCCUUCUCAGGGUCAGAGGGCGAGGCGGAGAGGCGUAGGAAGUCUCUGCGGAUGACCCUGGAGAAGAAAGUGUCUAUCCUGGAGAGGGCGCUGGAGAGUAACCCGAGCUGCGUGGAGCUGAAGUUGGCACGACUGCGUCUGGGCCGGGAACUGUGGGAUGCGGCGACGCUGAUCCGGGAGUGGAGGCAGCUGGUGUUCCUGCGGCCCAAUGAGCCGCGGCUCUGGAGGGAAUACCUGCUCUUCAUCCAGGGCCAGUUCAGCACCCUCACCGUGCCCAAGGUCAGCGCCAUCUACGGCAAGGGCCUGAGCACGCUGGCGUCCGUGCUGGAUGGGGCGCUGGUGUCACACCCGGUCUUGCCGGGCACUGAGGAAGCCAUGCUGGGCAUCUUCCUGCAGCAAUGCCACUUCCUCAGACAGGCAGGUCACUCGGAAAAGGCCAUCGCUCUCUUCCAGGCACAGCUCGACUUCAACUUCUUCAAGCCGGAUACGGUGAAGGACAUGCACACCAAGCAGCAGGUGGAGUUCUUCGAGCCCUUCUGGGACAGCGGGGAGCCUCGUGUGGGAGAGAAAGGGGCUCGUGGCUGGAGGGCGUGGAUGCACCAGCAGGAGAGGGGGGGCUGGGUCGUCCCCGGAGAGCCAGAUGACGAUGACGAUGAUGAGGAGGACGAAGGAUCAGAAGUGAAGGACAAGACCUGGCCCAAGUGGCGCAUCUGGCUGGAUGUGGAGACAUCCCGAGAGGCCAGCCAUUGGCUACCUUGGAGGCCGGAGAAGGCCAAGGGCCAAUCGGAAGAGGACUGUGAAGACCCAGACAGACAGGUCCUGUUCGACGAUGUGGGGCCUUCUCUGAUCCGUCUGGUGCAGCCUGAGCUCCGCGUCCAGCUACUCCGCUCUUUCCUGCAUUUCCUGGGAAUGCCGGCUGAUGGCUGCCCCCGGGGCCCCUCUUGGAACAUCCUGCUUGACGACCUCUCCCUGCUGCAGGAGGCCCCAGACACUGACAGACCCCUGACCUCGGACCUCUUGCCCACUGGGGUCAGCCCCUUGGGUCAUACGACCAUGCUAGGUGCUGCUCGCAGGACAGUGGGCCUGUGCAAGCAGGGGGAAGAGUUUAUACAGCUGGCCGUCCAACAGCUGUGGCCCUUGCUCUCUGGCCCAGAGAAGUCCCAGCUGUCACUGUGCUUGCUACAGUAUGAGAAGCUCAAGGUGCUGCGCUGCAUCCAUUCCAAGACCAAAAAGCAGGUGAGGUCCCAGGGUAAGCGGAGUAAGAGGCUAGCCAAGCGCAUCCUGAAGGAGGAGUGUAACCGGAGUGACCUGGCACUGUGGAGGGAGUUUGGCCAUCUCGAGUGGCUGCUGGGCAACCUGGAGGAGGCCCGCAAGGUUCUGGAUAUGGCACUGGCACUGGGCCUGGUGCGGGGUCUGCGGGACCCCGCCCUGUGUGACCUGUGUCUGCUCUACGCCCAGCUGGAGGUGGAGCAGGGGGCGGGGCCUGCGGCCGGAACGGCGUCCCCCGCUCUGCAUCUGCUCUCCAGUCUGGCCGAGGGUGGGACCUACUCCCACUUCAGCGGCCAGGUGCCAUCCGUAUCUGUCCUGAAAGCCCGGCGGACCUACGAGCAGGCCCUGGCAGCUGGGGGGGGUGUGGGGCUGGUGUGUUGCUUCGCCCUGUUUCAGUAUCUGACUGUGGGGGUGGAGGCUGCGGACCAGGUGUACCGGGAGGCCAUAGAGCGGCUGGAGGCUGCAGAGGACCCCCACCCACAACAGGACAGCCUAUGCCAGGCGUCCUCAGAGCUGGAGACCCUCUCCAUGUCACGAGCCUCCCUGCUGCGUUACGCCAUGAGCUCCAGCAUCUGUCCGAUGGGCCGCCUACGUGACGCCCUCACCUCCUCCAUCUCCCGUUUCCCUGGCAACCAAUAUCUCUGGCAGCUGUACCUGCUGGCAGAGAGCCGGUACCACAGCGCUGGCCGCUCCCGCCGCUUCACCCGGAGCAUCACGCAGCGCUCGCCCGGCAUCGUGCCCUGGUUGUUCACCAUCCGUGCUGAGCAGAGCCUGAAGAUGCUAGUGGAGAGCGUGCAGAAGAGCGAUCUCUAUGGGGACGUCCAGGCCACACUUCCAGAAAGCGGCCUCAAGCAUCGGAUCCGGGCGCUGUUCGAGAGUGCGGUGACCGGCGAACAUGGGGCACGCUGCCCCCUGCUGUGGAAGAUGUACCUGCACUUCCUGGUUUCCGAGAGGGAGGUGGAUCGAGGCAGGGGCAUCUUCUAUAAAGCACUGCAGUACGUCCCGUGGGUUAAGAGCCUGUACAUGGAUGCCGUGUUGCUGUUUCCGGACAACGUGCAGGAGUUCCUGGACCUGAUGCAGGAGAAGGAGCUACGGCUGCGGGUGCCCAUGGAGGAAGUGGACAUCUUGCUGGAGGACUGACCCUGACACACACACACACACACACACACAAGCCUCCGAGAUACAUGGACUAAUGGACUAGCAGAAAGCGUGUGUGUCUUUUUUUAAACAGCACGUCGUGUUUAUGUAUGUAUAUGGAAAUCAGGCCUCUGUUGGGCCCUGUACAAUUUGUACCGACUCUGAAUUAAUAAAGUCAACCCCACCCCUAC